AGCGACUGCCCCCACGACCGCCUUGGGUGCAUAUAUCUGUUAGAAGGUUCUCCUCACUCGUGUUUAGGCUUCCUACCGUCGUCUUUUAAAUCUGAAUUGGCAGAGUCGUCAACAUGAAUCACAAGUUGGAAGUCGACUUUCGUGACUGGGUCGGUAGUCAAACCAGAAUAGGUAUCAACGGAUCUGGCGACGAGGCUAACUAUAUAUCCGCCAUCCAACUCAAAAGCUACUGGUCUCUGGGAAAGGUCCGCGAGAUCAUAAGCAACAUCGAUCCGCCCAUUGCAGUCUCAAUUGAUACAAUCAGAAAAGAAUAUCUUCGAGUUUUCUCUAUCCUGGUCUUUAUUAGCCAAUCACGGGAUAUCAUCCUCUUCCUCGAAUUAGCCAUUAAUGACAGAAACCUACCUUUACGAGGUGGAAGUCUUCCGAAAGAGUGGCACGGUAAACUUGACAAUGUCGUGAAACACCAGUGGCCGUUUUGUCCUUGGGAGUUUACUGAAGACGAAAGCGACCAACGAAAACUGCAAACCGAGCAGAUAUUACCAAUCCAAUACCAGGAAUCAUUGAGAGAAGGCUUAGCCUCAGCACGAAUACGUAAGGUCAUUAUAGAUAACGAUUGUCGCCGAUCUAUCCCACGAGAAGUUGUUUUCAAGAUCUAUGAAAGCGUCGAUGCAAAGCAACUUUACGACAGAGAGGCCGCCGUGUACACGAGACUUAGGCGAAUUAACAUCAUGAGCAUUACAAAAUGCUAUGGUUCGCUUGCCUAUACCAACAAAGGGAUCAUUAUCCUUGAAUAUGCUCCUAAAGGAUCUUUGCUUGACCUGUUCAAAACGCAGCCCCCUGUUGAUUGGAAGGAUUUGAAAAGGCUUUGGAUGAGCUUAUUGGAGCUAUUUCAAGGCCUUUACGUACUUCACAACCCGGACAGGAGUGAUUCUAAAUCCCUUUCUGGAAUUCACCAGGAUAUUCAACCAGCCAAUAUUUUAGUUUUCCACGGCGACACUGACUCACCCUACGAUGUCUCCUUCAAGCUUGCCGACUUUGGCUUGGCUGAAAUAGUGAAAAUAGUGGAAGGUGAGGGCGCCAUCGUGCCUGUUGAUAACGAAGGAAAUCGCAUGUAUUCUGCUCCAGAAGCUUACCCCAACUACAAAAUUCAAAGCGAAGUUAGGCCCCAUCUUAACUCCCUCGUGGACUUAUGGUCACUCGGGGCUGUCUUCAGUGACUUUCUCGUUUGGUCCAUAGGAGGGCCUCAGUAUCGAAAGGAGUAUCGUAAAAUGAGAAACAAAGCAAUUUCAAAACUCCCCCACGUCACGGAGCGCGGGUUCGAUGCAUGCUUUCAUGAUGGGAUCGAAAGGCUUCCAGCCGUGGACGACUUCCACAAAAGGGUUCUCAAAGUCAAACGGCAAGGAGACUUUGUGUCCCUUGCCAUGAGUGACCUUAUUCUUAAGUUCAUGAUGGUAGAACCUGAAUUACGACUAUUGGCGAGGCAAGGCAAGGGACACGCAGUAAAGAUGAUCGAAGACGCGCAAGCAGGCUCCAACCCGAAACGAGCAAAAACUCCAGAUAACGUCACUUCUACUAUAACAAAAGGUCAAAUACAGUCCAGUCUCCCCGGCCAAAGGGUUAGCUAUUUUGGUGGUAGGAAAGUUUCCGUGGAAGAAGUAUACGAGGAACUGAAGAGAAAAAGCAACUGGAAAUUCUUCAAGAAACACCGAAGUCAGCCAUCUGAAGCAGGCAUGAGUCUUCCAGGUAUGCAGGGCGCUCGGAACAAAAUUAAUCUUCAUGGUGGACGAGACCAGAUUUUUGUAAUUGAUAACCAUGAGUCGAUGAGGGAACAUAUGGGAAAUGUUGCUGUGACCGCCAAAGUCAUCAGUUACUCGGUCAAGGUCUCUGAUCAAGAUGGUAUGGAUCUCUAUUUCGCGUCAGAUUCCUGCAACCCCCAAAAGUGCCAAAACAGCUCAGACGUCGAGAACAAAAUUAGGAAUAAAGAAACGGUCAGUGGGUUCUGUGAUAUGAAGAAAUGUCUUGAAGACGUUAUGGAUCGAGUCAAGGAAAAUGGAACACAGCCAACAGGCAUCUAUAUCUUCACAGAUGCGAUAUGGGACCCCGUACACAAGCACGAAGUCGAGACGGUCAUUCACGAAGCUAUCGAACUUCUCGUCGAGAAUAACAAAAAGCCAACGGACCUCAUGUUCCAAUUCAUCCAGUUUGGUCGUGACACUGAAGGGUCGGGGCGGCUUCAGUUUCUAGACGAUGACUGCACAGGGAGGCACAAGGGCGUGGUAUAUGACAUUGUCGACACAAAGAAUUACGAUGACCAUGUUCCGGAGAUUAUAAUGGGAAGUAUUUGUGAACACACUGAUAAUAAAAACAGAGUUCAGACUAGUAUUUGAUAGGAAUUAAUUUCUAUAAUUUAAAAGUAAGGAGCUUAUUUAAUAAAUAUCUAUAAACUUAAAAGUAGUAAUAAUUAAAAUACAUAACUUAUAUAUUAU